AUGGCUCGGUGCCAAACUUUCCUGCUUCUCAACAGCGGUUACAAAAUACCUCAACUGGGCUUUGGCACGCUCAUGACAAAACCGCACGAAGUGGAAAAACCUCUGCUUUGGGCUAUUGCGGAAGGCUAUCGUCACAUUGAUUGCGCACGCGCCUACCAAAACGAAGUCGAAGUUGGCAGGGCAUUGUGGAACAGUGACCACCGUCGGAAGGAUGUGCGUCCAGCAUGUGAGUUGAGUUUGCGGAAAUUUGGACUCAAUUACUUGGAUCUGUAUCUCAUUCACUUGCCCGUCUCGUACAAGUUGAAGGAGGGUAAACAGUUCUCAACAACUGACUUAAGUGUGUUUGACUUUGAGGACAUACCUGUGGAGGAAACGUGGAAGGGCAUGGAAGAGCUAGUUGAGGCCGGCCUUGCCAGGUCCAUCGGCGUUUCCAACUUUAACAAGGAUCAAAUUGAUCGCAUUCUGGCCAGCUGCAAAAUACCUCCAGCGGUGAACCAGAUUGAAGUCUCCGUGAAUUGGCUAAAUCAAAAGUUGAUUGACCACUGUCACUCCAAGGGCAUUCAGAUCACGGGCUACGCGCCAUUCGGUUCCCCAGGCGUAAUGAAGUAA